UGAGAGGAGCUGCGGAGGCCAUCCUGGAGGUGGCGGCCGUGUCGGACUGCGCUCAGGCCGGGAGACCCAGGGCCUCCCCACCACCUGCACGGUCAGUCCAUGGAUUUUGUGGCCGGAGCCAUUGGAGGUGUCUGCGGUGUCGCUGUGGGCUACCCCCUGGACACGGUGAAGGUCAGGAUCCAGACGGAACCCAAGUACACGGGCAUCUGGCAGUGUGUCCAGGACACGUAUCGCCGAGAGCGGGUGCGGGGCUUCUACAGGGGCCUCUCUCUGCCCGUGUGCACCGUGUCCCUGGUCUCGUCCCUGUCUUUCGGCACCUACCGCCACUGCCUCGCUCACAUCUGCCGGUUCCGGUACGGCAGUGCCGAUGCCAAGCCCGCCAGGACCGACAUCACGCUGUCGGGGUUCGCCUCCGGCCUCGUCCGUGUAUUCCUGACCUCGCCUACGGAGGUGGCCAAGGUCCGCCUGCAGACGCAGACGCAGGCGCAGGCGCAGACGCAGCUGCAGGCGCCGACGAGGCGGAGAUCCUUGACCUCGGCAGCGGCGGUGCCGCCCUUGUGUCCCGUGCCCUCCGUAGGUCCCGUGCCUGGGCCGAGGUACCGCGGGCCGCUGCACUGCCUGGCCACCGUAGCCCGUGAGGAGGGCCUGCGCGGCCUCUACAAGGGCAGCUCGGCCCUGCUCUUCCGGGAGGGCCACUCCUUCGCCACCUACUUCCUCUCCUACUCCAUCCUCUGCGAGUGGCUCACCCCCGCUGGCCACAGCCAGCCAGAUGUCUUGGGUGUGCUGGUGGCCGGCGGCUGUGCGGGAGCCCUGGCCUGGGCCGUGGCCACCCCCAUGGAUGUGAUCAAGUCUCGCCUGCAGGCGGACGGGCAGGGCCGGCGGCGCUACAGGGGCCUCCUGCACUGCAUGGUGACCAGCGUGCGGGAGGAGGGGCCGCGGGUCCUGUUCAAGGGGCUGACGCUCAACUGCUGCCGCGCCUUCCCCGUCAACAUGGUGGUCUUCGUCACCUACGAAGCCGCGCUGAGGUUCAGCCGGGGGCUGCUCCAGUAGCCGGUCCCGCCGCCGCAGGGGCCGACCCGCUGGCACCUUCUGGAGGUCGCGGUAGCUGGAGGAGGCAAAGGGGCGUGUCCCCACGGGGCGCCACCCGGUAGAGGUGGGAGCCACACCAAAGACAGUCGGCUGGGGCCUGGCCUUGGCCUGCCCAGCCACAGACCUGAGAAGGCCAAGGGGCCCAUGGUCACCGGCCUGGUGUUGGCCUUAGGGUCACACGGGCCAGGGAGGAGCGGCCUCUUGCAUGAGGACAUCGGUUGCCUGGCGUCGUGGGUGCAUGUGGUCAGUUGUUCCUUCCAGCCUCCCUGUCGCCUGUUCGGAGCAUCCCUGCGUCCACACCUCUACCACUUCCUCUGCUGUCCUCCUGGCCGCCGCCCCCUGCCCCGCUCAGCUGCCCGCUGCGGUAGGGUGCUCUUCACCCACUGUCCCUUGGGUGCGGGUCAGUGGGUCCCCCCCAGCGGGUUCCAGGCUCCGGGCUGCACUGCCGGGGGGCCAGGCCAGCUGGGGAGGGCAGGCCGUGCACUGGGGUGGGGGGGUGCUGUUGCAAUUAAACAUCACUGAGGACAUUCA